CAGCGGGAGGAGGGGCGGCGCCAGCCAUGGCCGGGGACAGCGAGCAGACCCUGCAGAACCACCAGCAGCCCAACGGCGGCGAGCCCUUCCUGAUCGGCGUCAGCGGGGGCACGGCCAGCGGCAAGUCUUCCGUCUGUGCUAAGAUCGUGCAGCUCCUGGGGCAGAAUGAGGUGGACUGUCGCCAGAAGCAGGUGGUCAUCUUGAGCCAGGAUAGCUUCUACCGCGUCCUCACGUCGGAGCAGAAGGCCAAAGCCCUGAAGGGCCAGUUCAAUUUUGAUCACCCGGAUGCCUUUGACAAUGAACUCAUCUUCAAAACACUUAAAGAAAUCACCGAAGGGAAGACGGUGCAGAUUCCCGUGUAUGACUUUGUCUCCCAUUCCCGGAAGGAGGAGACGGUGACCGUCUACCCCGCGGAUGUGGUGCUCUUUGAAGGGAUCCUGGCCUUCUACUCCCAGGAGGUGCGAGACCUGUUCCAGAUGAAGCUUUUCGUGGACACAGAUGCAGACACCCGGCUCUCCCGCAGAGUAUUAAGGGACAUCAGCGAAAGAGGGAGGGACCUUGAGCAGAUUUUAUCUCAGUACAUUACGUUCGUCAAGCCUGCCUUUGAGGAAUUCUGCUUGCCAACAAAGAAAUACGCUGAUGUGAUCAUUCCUAGAGGUGCAGAUAAUCUAGUGGCCAUCAACCUCAUCGUGCAACACAUUCAGGACAUCCUGAACGGAGGGCUCUCCAAACGGCAGACCAAUGGCUAUCUGAACGGCUACAUCCCUUCACGCAAGAGGCAGCCGUCGGAGUCCAGCAGCCGGCCCCACUGACCCCUGUCUCCUUCCGGCCCCUCUCUUCAAGAGACAGGAGGAGGGAUCAGAAGGCACUGUUCAUUCGUACAUGUGCUUUCCUAGGACAUUGCUGUAUUUAAGAACACACUAUGGAGAUGACAUGCCUUUGUUUUUCCUUUUUUUUUUUUUUUUUUUUUUUGUGCUUUGGAGCGGCGAAACGAAACCGAAUUUGACCCUGAGCUUAAACGACAAACCGUGCCAACUACUACUGGUGAUGCCUAAUUAUGAAUCCAACGUGUAACCAGUUAUAAAUACAUAUAUAUAUAUAAAAGGAUCUAUUUUUGUGUAAAUGUACAAAUACUGUAAAGCUGUUUGCUGUAAGUAUUGUGUAGGAGGGCCUGUACUUGCGUGUCCGGGGCUCGAGCUGGAGUCUCACCGAGGGGUCGUGGCCGCUGUGUUGCGAGCGGGGCAGGCUCAGGCGUGGGUGCGGGAGGCGGACGGUGGCGAAGGGGGGGCCCCGGCUCGUGGCUGUCGUGCCUGUGCGGCUCGAGGGCAGCGGAGCUGGGAGCCUCGGCUCGCCCCUCCCCUGCCAGGGGUCGCUGCCUUUGAGCCAGAGCUUAAUCAUGUGUUCACAAGAGAUACUCCUUUCUUUUCUUCUUCUUUUUCUUUCUUUCUUUCUUUUUUUUUUGAGUUGAAAUUAGGCAAGACCUCAGCUCAAAAAUCAAACUCAGGGAAGAGGCCCACUAAGGAGAACAAAUCUGUGUUUCCUUCUUGCCCAGUGCCGCCCCCUCCCCCUCGCAGCUGCCUGGGUAGCUCAGCCGCUCUUCGUGACCCACCUGCUUCUCAGUCCCUGCACAAGCCAGAGCUGCCCCUCUCUGCUUCCCGGAUGGGCAUGUGACGGGCUCUCUUCUGCAAAGGGGGGGGAAGGAGAGAGUCGGACGGGACCUGGUGUUGUGUCCGAGGAAACACUGAGGGAAGUCCGCGAUCAGCUUCCUUGGGCCUUGUGCCAGAGGGUAGCUCGCACGGUGGCCCCUUGAGUCUGGGCUUUGGUUGAGGACUUCUGCUGGCGGAAGGACAGCCAACAGCCCUUCGCAGGGUGGCAGGGGGAGUGAAUGGUUGUUCCCGCUCACCGAGAAGCAGGGCCUGGCAGUGGGGUGAGGACAACACGCACCUCUCAGCGGCAGUGCUUCCCAGCAGCAUGCCGGCCAGGCAGAUGGCCAGGUUCCAGGGGGAGCCCCACCUCUCCUGAGGGCUCCCUCUUUGGGAGGAGCACAGAUCCCUGAAGAUUCUUGGUGGAGGAAGGGGGGGAGGACCAAGUGAGACCCAGGAGGGGUGACGCGAGGGUCCCGAAGCCUCCGCGACGAACCGCGGACGAGCAGGAGCCCUUCACGCCCCGUUGACCAUCUCCGUGCUCCGCAGGCUGUGCCCGCAGCCUUUCCACCGCCGGAAGCGUUUGGGGGGACCUUCUCCCCCCCAUUGCUUCCCCAGCCCGCUGGAGCCAUUCAGGUACCUCUGACACCGCGUCUCUCUAGUCACACCGAAUUGUCCCUCAGACUCCUUGCCGUCCAGCUUUGAUUCCCCCUUUCUGGACUCGAUGGGACUCUCACCCUGUGCGGCUGUUUGAAAAAGUCCGACCUCCUCCCCAGCAGAGCUUUGCCGCCCCUGAGACACUCAGGAGGCAGCUGCGGGCUUGCGGGGGAGCUCCCGAGGGUGGGAGCGAGGGAAGGCUCCCGAGGGGCCUGCGUCUGAGGCCGGUGCCCCUCGGGAUGAGUACAUUCUGGAAGGCCGCAGCAUCCGUAUUCUCUCUCUCAUCAUGCCUUGCACGGUUCUCAGAUGAAGGGUCGGUGGCAGGCCUGGGUUAGGAUCCUGAGGACCCAAGGCCUCUUGGCCUGGAUGGGGCCUCUCCGUGCUCAGGGGCAGCCCACCCCUGUCUGGGGGAGCCUUGGCCUUCCAGUGGGUAGCACAUUCAACUUUACUUGAAGCUCCCAGGUGCCAAACCAUUUAGUGCCUUGGCUGUCUGUCCCACUGCCCUGGAAGAUGGAGUCUUCUCAUCUCUGAGCCUUGAUGUCCUCACCUGCUUCCUCAUCUACCUGUGGUGUUGGGACCAAGUCUCCAGUGUCUCUCAGUAGCCCAGUUGCUGGGAAACUGCUCUAGGGCUGCCUUGCCUCCUGGUAAAAACCAUCCCCAGUUCUUGGUGGUUUGGCUUGGGGCACUGGGCUUUGUCCACUGGGCAACGCUGACAACUCCAUUGGUUCUGUGACACACUGUCUGGGGCAAGGAAGGGAUGAGAAGCUUCAUCCCUGUGCGGCCCUCUCAGUAUUUAGCCAACUCUCUGAACUUGAGCUUUCUGUGUGACAAGUCCUGGACUCGGUAUUUUGAGUCAUUAGGUCUCUGAUUCCACUGGAGAGUCAGCGGUAGGAUCGUUGGGCCAGAAACCAUGACCCGAGGCUCCUGGGUCCUCUCUUUGGUCCAGCGGGGAGCUACCGGCAAGCUGGGUGGGGUGACGUCAGUCAUGUGUGCGUGGGAGUCCCGUGGCUUCCAAGCUGCCCAGUGGUGCUUGCUGCUGGCCCCCCCCAACCCCCGCCCAGCUGUUACCCAUAGACCAAGUGUGCAGAGAACAAGUAUCCACACUUUGUGUCAUGGGAAGGCCUGACCUCACACUCCUUCAUGCUAUUGGAACUUGUGCUGACCCAGGUUUCUUUUUCUUGGGCAGCCCGAGGCCAGUAAGGAGAUUGGAUUCUGUAGGAGGAGCUCACGAGUGUCUAGAACUUUGGUUUGGGGUGGAUAGGGUAGGCCCUUGAAGAGGCAGUGGUUAGACAAGGGGAUCCCCGAAGGACAGGCCGGGGGAGGGUGGCAGGGGAAGGUCUCCAGUUCCUCCUCCAGAGCCCAUCAUUCCAACAACCCGCUCUGGUCUUGGCUGCCGUGGUCAUGUGGAUGCCGCCGUCCUGCCUCGCCUGGGCUCGGCACUGGACACUUGUCUCUGUGCCCGGGGCAGACGGCCAGUCUCUCAUGAGGCCACUAGGUCAGGCUGUGAAGGCUCUCGUGCUCCUCGGCGCGGUUGGGAAGCAGGAGGGACUGGAGCCCAGUCGGUUUCUGUAUCCCCUCCUUUGCUGUCCUUUUCCGCUCCCUUGAUUAGCAGCCUUGACCUGCGCUAGCACCUGAGGCCAGCGGAGGGAGGCAGUAGCCUCUGGCAGGGCUACUGGAGUCUCCUACCUGCCAGUCAAGGAUUCCAGCACCAAGGACCCGUGUUGGUUAGGCUGGCUAGGGAAGGUUCUGCAUUGUCGGGCUCUGCUGCCAGCGAGGACCGGCUGGGCUUCCCUCACUGCCUUUCACCCUGUCUCAGGGUGAAGUGGGGGAAACGGGCUUGGUGUCCGGUACAACAAGGCAGAGAACAUGUUGAGAAAAGCACUGGGGUUGGUCUGGAGCUCAGAGUCCCCUUCGAUCUUUUGUCUCUGGGCCCCGUGCUGCCCUCCUUGGCCAGGUGGCUGGUGUUAGAUCAGCUUCCUUGCUGCUCUUAGAGGCGGUGAGUGCCUAACCGGUCCUGCCUCAGGAACAGGGUGAGUAGUUAAAUAAAGACAUAGGCUUUUUUUUUUCUUUCUUUCAGAUGCUUGCUCUUCCUCCUUCCUUUCUACCACCCUGCCUUUAUUGUCAGUAGUUACAAAAAUGACCACAUACUAUGUACUUUGCUGUAAAUAAAGACUGGACAAAAAAAGAGCCAA